AGGUUCACCAAUCAGUUGGGGAGGGAUAGUCAGGCUGUCGGCCGAGGAAACGGCCGGCGGUCGGCUAGCAGCAGGAGUCGUGUUUCCAUAGGAACGGUGGAUCGGGGUCGGUGGUCGGCGUCGGGUUACCAUAGGAACCGCGGAUCGGAGUUGCUUUGGGGGUAGAAGUGGGUUUGAGGCCUACCCGCAAGAUGAGCGAGUGGAGUCCGGGCCGGGAGUUCAUCCACCGGCUGCCCGCCUACAUCAUGCACGAGUUCUGCUCGGUGAUGGAUUCGCUGGACAGCGUCGACUGGGGCCGUUUCGCUUCCUACAUUGUCAGCGACAUGACCGACCUGCGGCUUCUGGAGAGCCGGGGGGACCCCGGGCGGACGCAGGAAGUCAUGUGGUACUGGAUAAACCGAAACGGGACCGUGGGCCAGCUGCUGCAUCUCCUGACCAGCCUCAACCUGCAGCGACCUCGAGACAUCAUCCUCUCGUGGAGACCUGUCCCCCGUCCACCACUGCCCAACAUGGCACAAUGGAUGGAUCUGCCCCCGCCCGCCGCCCAGCCCCCACCUUCGGCCACCCCGCCCUCCAGCAGGUCGGGCUCCGAGAAGAGCUUCAGCGGCAAGCUGAGUGAGAAGGAGACGGCGACCAUCGAUUCUCCCGUUCCUUCCGAUGUGGCACCUAAGGACAAACUUCCACGACCACCCAGUCCUCCGGACAGCUUGUUUACAGACCUCGGCAAGGACCCUCCAGUGUCUCGUCCAAUGACCCUGCCCUCCGUUACGAAGAAAGUGUUCCACUGGCCACUGAGUGAGCUCAGAGAAGGCACAUGCAAUUUCGCGAAAAACCAGAAGAUCGGUGAAGGGGGCUUUGGCUGCGUUUACCGGGCACUGAUGCGGCACACCCAGUACGCGGUCAAAAGGCUGAAAGAGGAUGCUGAUUUGGACUGGAAGACGGUGAGGGAGAGCUUUUACACUGAGCUGGAGAAGCUUUAUCAGUACCGACACCCGAACAUCGUGGACCUGGCCGGCUGCUGCGUGGAGGAUGAGGUCUACUGCUUGGUGUACACCUACAUGCCAAAUGGCUCACUACAAGAACGCCUUCAGUGUCAGGAUGGCACAGCUCCGCUCUCGUGGUUGCAGAGGGUCGAGGUGGCGCUGGGGGCCGCCCGGGCACUCCAGUUCAUGCACUGCAGUAACCCUAGCCUCAUCCACGGGGACGUCAAGAGCUCCAACAUUCUCCUGGAUGAACACUUUGUUCCGAAGCUGGGGGACUUUGGCCUGGCUCGUUUCAGCCGCUAUUCCAACAACUCGGGCAACAGCUGCACGGUGGCUCGGACGAGGACUCUGCGGGGGACGCUGGCGUACCUUCCCGAUGAGUACAUUAAGAGUGGACAACUGGCUGUGGAGCUCGACACCUACAGCUUCGGCGUGGUGCUGCUUGAAAUUCUGACCGGAAGGAAGGCUUUGGAAAAUGAAGGAUCAGCAAAUUCCAAGUAUCUGAAGGACAUCCUCGAGGAGGAAGAGGACAGUGAGGAGGAGAAGCAGGAGUGCUCUGUGUCGUCGGACGUGGCCAGGAGCCAGCAAGUAGCUAUCAAGGUCUGCAAGAACUACCUUGACAAGCGGGCGGGGGCCUGCACGGGGGGCAUUCCACUACAGCUCUGCGUCUUGGCCUCUGACUGCCUCCACCGCAAGAGGAAGAAGAGACCAAAGAUGACAAAGGUGUACGAGAGGCUGGAGAAGCUGAGGAACCAUCUGCGGACGCCGCCCUGUCAGGAGGCUGCCUCGCUCCCCAACAUCUUGGUGCCGGAGCUCUCAGACAGACUCCAGCGCUCAUCGCUGAGCCCGGUGCAGAACACUUACCGAUUCGCUGCCGGAGACACGGCCAACCCCGCCCGGGACUGGGCUGCAGCCCCCAUCCCCGAGUGCACCCCACCGGGGCCGGCCAAGUUCUGCCAGCCCGUGGAGAGCGAUUAUAGUUCAACCGGCCCCUGGCAACAGAGCCUCAGCAGCUCCGCCUGGCUCCACCCCUCCCUGCGUCCAGUGGACAGCCCAUCCUGGCCUCUGCUCUCGGGUGAGCCCCACGGAGCCCACGCAUCCUUCUUGUCCACCGACUCCCAAGAUUCGUCCUUGCCGUCCCGGCAGAUCGUGGUAAACCCGGCCAAGCAGAAGAUCCUUCAGCAGCUUGCACUUUAUGACGCGGGGCAGAUCAACAGCCGCGAGCUGUUCUCCUCUGCAGCGAAGCAGGAGCGCUGGUCCGGACUCAGCCGCAGUGCCCCAGAGGAGAGCGAUGAAUUCGAUUGAGAAUUCCCGUCCCCCUCCUCCCCCCUCCACACCCUGGUGUGGGAGAGAUGGGCCUGAGGCAUUCAGAGAGCGCGGGAGGACAGAUCUAUUCCCAUGCUGUGCUGAUAUGGGAGAGGUCAGCAGCUCCUGCCCCCAAGGAAUCCAAGCCGGCAACUUAUUCAGCACUCCCUGGCUCCCUCCUUCCCCCAUCCACCAACUAAUGAGCUCCCCAAUACCUCCCUUCACCCCCCUCACUCCUCCCCAUCUCUCACCGCUUCCCCUCCUUCUCCCUAACAGACUGCCUGCCUCCCUCCUGUCCUCAGUCCGCAUUGGGCUCCUUGUCCCAGUACCAUGACUGUGUCUCUGUGUCCUGCGGACCUCUGGGCGGAGGAAGAAGUGAGGUUGUGGGGAUGUUGCUGGACGGUUGACCCACCACUCAUCCCCGUCCAUGCCGGAAACACGCCGUGCUGGGAUUUCCAACAACAGGGCGGGAAAACCUCCUCCCCAGGAGCAGAAGCAGGGGCCGGCCACGCUGGAACUUCAUUCGCUGGAGUGCAGGAUGAGGAGAGAUGACCUCAUGGACAUUUAUGAAAUUAUGAGGUGGAUAGUCGCAGGCUUUCCCUCAGGGUCAGAGACCCUGAACCGGAGAGCACAGAUACAUGACGAGGCAAGAGACUGAAAAGAGAAAACUCUUUCACUCAGAACGAGCUGCCCGUGGGGAUAUCGUUGCAGCAUUUAAAAGGCAUUUGUACACAAGGGAAGGUCUGAAGGCUGAUCGGCCGAAUGAAGAGACCAAUGCUGUGGUCAGUAUGCACCACUUCAGCUGAAGGUCCUGCUUCUCCUGUGCACACAUGCACAGACACACGCUCUCUGACACACACUCUCUCAGACGCACAGACACACUCGCACUCACACACUGUCUCUGACACGCGCAGACACACACUCACACACUCUCACACGCACAGACACUCGCACUCACACACGCUCUCUCACAUUUGUACAUACACGCACACAUACAUACACAAGCACACGUGCGUGUAUAAGCAUACACUCACACAUCUCCUCAAAGAGCAGCAAGUAGCCGGCUGUUCACUUACAAGAACGGCAGCCUCUCAAUAAAGGACUUA